CUCCACAGUUAAAGCACUAAAAUGGUGAUAAGCAAUCCGGAUGCAAUGGCCGCCGCCGCCACCACGAACAAUACAGCUGGCGAUGCGGUUGAUUUGGCACAUCCAUCGGGUAUUCCACGUGAUAGAAUCGAUAAUAUAAUGAGCGGUAUCUCAAAUACGGGCGAUGUCAAAAUGAAUAACCACCGAAAAAAGCUGCGUCAGAGGUUUGAUAUUAUUAAAAAGUUAGGCCAGGGCACAUAUGGCAAAGUGCAAUUAGGUAUAAAUAAAGAAACCGGCCAGGAGGUGGCUAUAAAAACUAUAAAAAAGUGCAAAAUAGAAGCUGAGGCGGAUUUGGUGCGCAUUCGUCGUGAGGUGCAAAUUAUGAGCUCGGUGCAGCAUCCCAAUAUCAUACACAUAUACGAAGUAUUCGAGAAUCGUGAGAAGAUGGUGUUAGUUAUGGAAUUCGCCGCAGGCGGUGAACUGUAUGAUUAUCUCUCGGAACGUAAGGUGCUAACUGAAGAAGAGGCGCGUCGCAUAUUCCGCCAGGUGGCUACGGCUGUUUACUACUGUCAUAAGCACAAAAUUUGUCAUCGUGAUUUGAAGCUGGAAAAUAUACUACUUGAUGAGCAUGGCAAUGCAAAGAUCGCCGAUUUUGGUCUAUCGAAUGUGUUCGAUGAACAAAACUUACUAUCCACAUUUUGCGGUUCGCCGCUUUACGCCUCCCCCGAAAUUGUUGAAGGUACUCCCUACCAAGGUCCAGAAGUCGACUGCUGGUCCCUUGGUGUGCUCCUCUACACUCUAGUCUAUGGAUCGAUGCCAUUUGAUGGUUCCAAUUUUAAAAGACUUGUUAAGCAAAUCAGUCAAGGUGAUUACUAUGAGCCAAAGAAACCAUCGCGUGCCUCAACGCUCAUACGUGACAUGUUGACGGUGAGUCCACGCAAACGUGCCACGAUUGAACAGAUCUGCGCCCAUUGGUGGGUCAAUGAAAAUGAUAAUGUCUCAUGCUUGGACUUGGCUGAAGAGCUAGCGACACAAACACCGGUGCGUUUGGAUGUCUUGUUGUCGUUGACGCCGGCCGCUGUGACGGCCGAUCAAUUGGUUGUGCCAUCCGCUGAUGCGGGUAAAGGAGACCGCGUGCCACGAAGCCAUUCGGUGGGAUCGAUACGUGAUAUGGGCGGCAACACGGAAGCUGAACGCAGAAUAUUGGACAUGGUGGCUGCUGGCGGCGAAGCAGCACUCAUGCCAUCACCAACACGCACAAUCACACCCACGCAGAGCCCAGUGCAGAGUAAACGCAAACUAGAGACCACAGUCUCUACAGAGAACGCACAUGGUGCGGCGCUCAAGAAGAAGGAUAAACUCGGCAGCAGCUCAAUGGUACUCGGAGACUCUAACCUGCCACGACCACAAGAAAUACCCAUGGAGACGGAGGAGGACGAAGCGGCAGAGCAGGAAAUUGACGACGAACCAUCGGGAACAGGCAAUACGAUUCCAUCGAGCAGCUUCUCCCAAAGAGAUAUGGAAAUGGUGGGUGAUCUAUGUGAACAACUGAUUACGGAAGAGCCAAAGUCGGCGAUCGCUACACCACUGACAGAAAGUAGCGCGCCUGUAACACCUACACAUGGUGGGGUGCCGCGCCAAAAGACGAUCAGCAAGCUAGAAUCGUUGGAGGAGGCGCCUGAAGAAAAGGACGCCACCAAAGUUAUUAAGAAAUUCGUCAAUAAGCACAAAACUGCUGAUUUGGUGAAUGCCAUCGGUCAGAUAACACCCACGGCUGAGAAAACCAGCGAACAGUCUACGCCCGCAUCAGCUACAACAACAACCAAUAAUGCCAAAAGUGCAAUCGCCAAACCAACAGCUGGUGCGGCAGCCGCCAAUAACGUCACACCAGCGCCCUUCGUGCGCAAAUGCAGUUUGCAAGAUGAAGGUUCCUUGAGUAAGUUCAAUGCCGACCGGCGAAAGUCACGUGUGCUCGAAACCACCGAAAAGUUACAGCAAAUGAACACCGGAAACGCUACCGGUGGCGGCAGUGAGAAACCCAAAAAGUUCAGCAUACCCGGCGUGAGCGUCGGCAGCUUCAAGAAAGAAUUCGAACGUAAAGCCACAAAUCCGCCAGUACAACAAGGUCCUACACCAGGUGAGUUACGCGCAAUGGAAGAGGUGGCGGCUGCGGCUGCUGCCGCCCAAGAAUUGGAGGCCGAAGAUCAAUCACCAACAGCUGACAGCGCGCAACAACCCACAACACCCGUGCCAACAGAUCAUAUUGAGUCUAGCGAUUCGAAAAACUCCGUUGCAUCCUUGUCACUAGAAGACGCGCGUCGCUCCAUGGAGAACUCAAUUGCAUUGCUGCGUCAGGCGCAAAGUGAAUCCUCAAAAGAAGUGGAUCAGCUGUGCGCACAAACAGAGAACAUCGAAGUCAGCGAAGCCAGCAGCCCAAUAGUGGCGGCCGAACGCGAGCGGAAGUUGAAGAAUGCGCGCGCCAUUAUCGGAAAUGCCAUCCAGCCAGUUAUACGCAGGCCACCAUCACAACCAUCCUUUGGCAACGGCGGCGGGGGCUACGGUCAAAUGCGUGCAGCCAGUGGCGGUUUUAUUGGUUUUGGCAGCAGUGGCAGCGGCAGCAUGAACGGCAUGGGUGGCGACAGCGGCUGUGGCUUCAUGGGCGGCUACGCUCCAUUUGGCAGCGGCAGCGCCGGUGGCUUUGGCUGCGGCGUCGUUGGCAUCGGCAACAACAAUGUGGUUGGCAGCCAUGCACCACCGCCGCACAUGUUCGCGUACAAUAUGAGCGCCGCUCCUCAGACACCGCCGCCUCUGUUGACAUCGAAUGCAAAUGCAAAUGCGAAGGCAAAUUCAAAAUCGAACGCGAAUGUGAAUGCAAACGUUGCCCUCGCCGCUGCACGGCAGCACAUUAUGGGUCGUUUGGCAGCUACGGCUACGGCUGGUGGUCAGAAUGAGUUCCAAAGCGAGUUUUCACCGUCCAAUUAUUUCAUACAGUCACCUCCCUCCACUCCCUCUCCCCUGUAUAAUAGCAGUAAUGCGAAUAUCCAACCACACCUUCAUCACCAACAAUCACAAGAACAUCAACACUAUUCACAACAACAACAACAACAAAAACAACUGAGACAAGCACAAGCACAGCCCAGUCAAUAUCAAGCUACUAAUUCUUUGCCACAAUCAACACAAAAUCAACUCUUGCAAUUCCAACAAAGACUACAACAAUUACAACAACAAAGACAGAGACAUCAUCAAACGCUAAUAGAGCAGCAAAAAGAAUUUGAAUUAGAACAGCAGCAACAGCAACAGCAACAACAACAACAACAACAACAAAAAUACCAAAAACAAGCAUUUCCCCAACCAUUAUUGCAACAAUAUCAAAAUAAACAAGCUCACAGCAUGUCAAUGCCACACACACUAGCCGCAUCUGCCACUGCCACUGCCGCCAACGUCAAAAAUACCGCCAUUUCCUCCACCGCCGCCACCGCGAAUAGUGUGCCAAAACCGUUUUAUAAUGCACCACCUCCUUCGAUAUUCUACAAAUCAUCACCGGGUGGCGGCGAGCCGAACAACACCGUGAAGACAUCCACCGCUACCAUAACACUGAAAUCAGCCACAUUGCCGCGCCGUAAACCGAGCGCCAAAACGGAAAUCCAAUUAGAAAUAAAGCCACGUAUUGUCGAACAACCGAAUAUGCGUUUCACAACGGAAAUGCAGCAUCCUGUCGCCGAUUUGCGCAGCGCGCCGCCGCGUGAGGGUCCGGCGCCCUACAGUCCCAUCAAGACGAUGUUGAAUGCGCGCGCCACAAGUCUUGAACCUAAGGAGCACAUUAUACCCAUACAGCGCCCGCAAGUGCCCUAUGCGCGCACAACAUCCAAUACAACAACAAGGUCCGGUUCACUAUCGCGACAAUCGACCAAUGAUUCUGAAUCUGAUACAACAACAACGGCAAAUAUGUCACAAUCCACCGUUACGGGCUCAUCACAACCGAUUAAGAAGAGUCCACGUGAAUUCAUUAUACCAAUUGCGAUGGAGGGCGGUGGCUUCAUAACACCGCGCGAGGGCAGCAUUGAACCAUCAGAGUCUAGUCAUACCGCCUCGAGUCGUUCGACCUUCAAUCGACUGCGACCAACUCGUCGCAUUGGCAGUUCACUGCUUAACGAUUCUGGCAUCGACGAUAAUUCGCCAUUCCAGAAGUUCCGCACCUCGUCCGGCACCAGGGAGGUCGAUGAGGAGCCACGUUUCACGCUGCACAGGUUAAGAAGCUCUAGACCGGUGAAGAAACUUAGUCAGGAGAAUGAUUCACAAAGUUCCGGCGAAGAAGAUGACGAUGAUGGCUUUGAAAUUCUCACCGCUGAAAAUCUCUUCUCCACGCUACUACAACGAGUGCACGCUUUGACACAUCGCAUGAAUGUCGAUAAAGAUUUAACUGCAGGCUUUUCGAAUUCAGGCCGUCUGCUGAGCAAUAUGCGGCAUGGUCCCUUCUGGAAUCAAGAACCUUUUGGCAGAUCUCAAGUGAGUUAUACAUACAGUGAAACGGUCGAAAAGAAACAAGUCCGCCUCAACAGCGCCUCCGGCAAUAAUGUGGGCGCACCAUGGCGUCAUAGCAUGUCACGUGAUUUGGGCAACGACAUGGACUCCAUAUUUUCACGCACUGGCGCUACACUGCCAAGAGGUACAAAGGGGGCAACCAAAAUUGGCCGUCCGGCCACUAUCGCCGAACCUAGUAGCACAGUUGACGGUCAGGCAACGCCAGCCAUAGCCGCGGAUGAGCCACUUGAUUUGGCUGACUUAGAUCUCUCACGUUUACGUUUGAGCAAGAAGGAUCUAGAAACACUAUCCAGUAUCACACCCGGUCUACCGAAAUGCUUCCAAGAGCAACUACUGGCCAAAUUGCCGCCAACACAGGCGCGCAAAUUGUCACGCACGUUGAGCAUGCAAGGCGGUACACAAACCGUACCGGUUAGAAUUUAUAAGCGCAGUCAGAGCGGCGGACGUGGUGUGUUACAUACCAGUGGUGGACAGGAUCUCAAAGAAAAAGGCGCGGAGGAGACCGCUAGCAGCAGUACAACGAGCAAACGUAGCACAGAUAGCAGCGAACGUCGACACUAUGAUCCGGUAUAUCGACGCAGUCUUAGUCGUACGCGUUACGAUUACGAAUCGAGUAUACCUUCUUCAAGCGAUGUGGUGUCGAAAAGUCGGAGCAGCAGUAUUUGUCGCGAUGAUUACGGUAAAUCGAUGUGCUCUACCUAUACAACCGAUAUCAAUGAUCGCUACAAAUACUACUCACCAUAUCUUAAUAAAACGGCGCCUAAAGAUUCGUCUACCGAAAGUGGUUCCGUAUCGCCGCAGAAACGUUAUAGCACUUUAGGUAUACCACGUGAAACAAUCAGUUCUACGCAAGGGCGUCCACCAAGUGGUUGCUUAUCGCCGCCUAUUAUAUCAGCAGACGGUGGUAACAGCUCAUUACGUAGACGCUCUUCGCAGAAGCGUAUCUCACGAUUUUUGCGACCAGACUUUUUCGACGAACCACUCGAUGAGAAUCCAUUUCAACGUGAAAAGAAGCAGCGUGAACGUGAAACUCAAAGUGUGUUGCGUGAAAUACGAGAAAGAUCACGUGAGCCUAGUAGAGAACGCUGCAAUUACAGCAGUUUUGAUGCGGAAGACGCAAUGUCGCGUAAAAAUAGCUUACCCAAUGCGGAGAGCUCAGGUAUACCACUGAAAACGGAACCAAAACAUGUGCGUAAUAAAAGCAUGGAACUCUAUUCAGAGUAUCAGCCGGCUAGUAGUUCAUCUCAGGAAACAAUUAAGCACAACCGCCGUAAUUUGUCGCGUCCACGUGAGAUUACUGAGGAGUUACGUAAAAAUGAGCUGGCUGAUAAGAUCUUGGAAGAAUUACAAUUACUGUCAGCUACACGAACGCAGCAAGAUCAGCAGCAGCAGCAACUAAGAUCGGCGCUGCCCAGAGAGAUUUCGGUAGAGCGCUCUUCGGAAACGACCACAAAGUCGGUAGUCGAGGGGCCAGGCAGUCGUGCCGAAAUUGAAGAGUCCUCAUCUACAAUCAAGAAAAUUAAGAAAAUAAAGCCUAAAGAUAAGCCCAAUACAACGGAAUCUAGUACAGAUGCGGAUGCGACCGUCACUACAUCUGUAGUAAAAAAAGUGAAAAAGAUUGUGAGAAAGACUGAAACCACAAAGACGACCUUAAACGAAGCUGCCACCGCUAAUUCGAGUACAACAGAGGAUAAUACACUCACACCAGCAGAAAUAGAACAGUCAAGAAGAGAAUCAAAGCUUAAGCGACCUAAAUCAUAUCCAACCAAAGAGCCAAGUACUUUGACACCCAAGUUACCUAAUAAGCCAAGCACUAUAUCAGAAAUGACUGCAGAUUCAACUUUAGAGGCGUCCAACUCGCAGGCUACGCGUGAAAGCCGACUGAUACGACCCAAGAGUUACCCAGCUUCAAAGCUCACACCUCCUAAAGAAUCGAGAAAAGUUACGCGUAGCGGUGCCGCAAUCCCAACAAUAGCUGAGGGCAGGGUAAUAAACUCAACGCCUCCACUAGCAGCUGAAGAGAAGUUCGAACCACAGAUGUCAACAUCACGAGGCGCUGUAGAAACUUCAUCUUCGAGUGACACUAAACCAACCACAGUUAAGAAAAUCGUGAAAGUUUCUAAAAAAUCUAAGUUAGCACAACCACUGCCAGUCACACCCACAACUCCGACUCCAGCAACAACGUCCACCACGACUACGCCAGCAGAAAAUUCUAAGGAGUCAAGUCCUGUCGUUAAAGAAAAAUCACCCGAAAAGAAACCGGGCAAGGGCCUACUCUAUGCUAUUGGACAGAAAUUUGAGAAACUACGCGACUCUGCUAUGAGCAAAGAAAAGAAAAGCGCAACCUCCAGUCCCGUUUCUUCGGCAAACGGCGCGAUUAUAAAGAAAAAGUCGCCAGAUAGUUCAUUACCAGACAAAGUAAAAGAUAAGUCCACGUUACUUAAAAAGAAAAAAUCUUUGGAUGGCACUUAUACAAAAACUACCGUUGAAAACAAUACAACAAUUAAGCCACCCGGUACGGAAGGUGAAGUGAAGGAGAAACCAGCAAAGUCGGAUAAGCGCUCGAGAAUUGACGCAGUGAUCCGUUCGUUGCGUGAGCGCUCCGUACCACGGUCACGUCCCGCAACCGAAACAAACUACAUCAAGCGCGCCGUCAGCGUAGAGGACAUGCCGGGUACGUUCAAUAAGAAUGCAGUUAACCGCGUAUUAGGCCUCUUUAAGCGAAAUGAUAAGGAAGCAAAUGGCGCAGAACGGCGAGUGCAAAGCACGCGUUCUACCAGUAAUAUUGAACGUCAGAUACGCGAAACAUCGCCGUCGCCCAUUUACCAGAACACGGGCGUGUGUAAUCGUUCCAGUAGCAUUUCAGCUGCCAUUGCCGCCAACUUAGGCUCCGGACGGAAACCAGAGAACACUGCCACAUGUAGCUGUGAAAUUGCACCGACGCCUAGAGUUAGCACAGAAGAUAAACAAUGUGUCGAAUGUUUACAGGACGUCGUAGCGUUACAGAAAUCCAAGAGCAGUCGCGAUGAGAAAGAUAUCGUAUUGCCUAGUAAGGAAAUGACGCAGGGCAAUAAGGACAAACGCAAGGGACUCAUGUUGGACCUUACCAAAUUGGAUAAAAUUGAUAAUACUACAACGAAUCGCAACAACAUAAAAACGACCUACAUGAACGGUAAUGGCAUCUACUCGAAUCUGCCACCUUACCCUGGUGCCGUGAACAGUUCGUCAAAUAACAGCUCCAGUCAGCAAUCCAUGGAUAAUGCCACUAAUAAUAAUAACUCGUAUAUGACUAAUAACAAUUCAUCAAUGCAGACCUCGCAAACAUCAGGUUAUCGCACCUCGUCCACACACGAGAUAAAUCGAAAUCAUUUACUAACCCCAUCUACUGAGAACAUUGCCAAUUACUCUUCUGACUCGCGCAGUUAUCAAGAUGAUUGUGCCUCAUCUUCGACGUUCCUAUCGCCAACUGAAGAGCCUGAGCUCUAUUUCGAUAACUGGUCUGUGUGUUCGGAAGAUAACUACAUGCUACACGCUUCACCUUCACCAACCGUAUCGCGCCUCUCACGUGCAUCGCAGCUUUCAUCGCCCACACGUGGUGAAAGCUCCGAUCCAAAUGAGAGCGUAAUUGAUCGCAUCAAACGUCGUAGUUUCUACUGCCGAUUUAACGAUAAGAAACCCAAGCGCACGAGUAGUAUUGUCGGACCGAGUGCAGUGCGCGACUACUAUCGUGAGCAACAGGCCGCCGUGAAAGCGCGUUCUAGCACUAAAGUAAACUCCAUUGAACGCGCGAAAUCGCCAGACAUUACACAAGAGUUCUUCAGACCGUUGAAGUUAAGUCCAGUUGGGACUGAACUGAAGCCACCCAUUUACAAGGCGCCGCUAGACUAUGCCACCAACAUCACAAAACCGCGUAAGAGUCUCAACGAUAUAAGGCCGACCACAUCACCUUCAUUGAUUAGCAAACGCUAUGGCUCUACUGCAGAUAGCGAUUAUAUGUCACUAAAUAGCGGCGUGCCAAUACGGUACAAAUCAUCUGCCAGUUCAAGUCCUUACGAGAGUAAAGGCUCGUCGGCGACCGGUGGCUUGAGCAUGGGUGUAGGCACCGGCAUUGGCGCUGGUACAGGCAUCGGUGGCAGUUACUACAAUACCUACAGCCCAAAACGACGUUCCUCAUAUACAUUCAAUGGCACGCUGCCCAGUGGCGCUACACUCACCAAUUCCACUUUGGAUGGUUACGCGACGGUGGGUCGGCGACCUAUACGCGCCUACGAUCAUCGCACCAUGUCACUGCUCGAUCCUACAACCACUCCUCCGUCGACCGGUGUCAGUAGUUUUAGACGAGAGGCACGCACGCCAGUACGGGACUACACUUCAAGCAUUUCGAGAUCGAGUUCACGUUAUCGAACCUCGUCGGCCACACGCAGUCCAACAAACAUUUGAUGUACAACACCGCAGAAUGGCUUCUGUAUCUUCUGCUAUUACUCGAAACGGAAUCGUGGCAGCAGCACGCAUACCGCUUCGUCGUCGGCGUCCUCGAGGGCUAGUGGCGACAAGAGACUGCAGGAAUGCACAACGCGAAUUAGAAAUAAGUUUUAAUUCUACUACGACAAAUAGUGUUUACUAAGAAACUAAUUUAAUUACCACAUAUAUAAACAGUAUGUAGGUACGUAUAGCGUACGCUUACUUAAGUCUGAUUCACACCGAGUGAUAAAUGUGUAUAUAGGUCCACAUGGAGGUAGAAAUGUAGACAGAGUUAACACGUGGCUCAUGAGAGCUAUAUAAAGCUAUGAGAAUUGGACCCUAUUUGGAGUGAAUAUAGUUAGGGUAGAAUUUAAAAAUGUAGCGAGUUGAAGACUUUGAUAGUUCGGCUGGACGAAAAAAAAAGAAUUGUAGAGCGUUGUAAAUAGGCAAAUAUGUGUAGCUGUCUAUUUAUGGUUUUUCUUUGGCGUCUUUUGGCUUUAAUCCCAGGCAAUAGAUGAAGCCUAAUGGCAUCGAGAAUACGAAGAUUAAUUGUUGUGUUUGCACAGUUAGUGGACGCUGUCUCUUAAACUAGACGUUCGGUUUUAUAAGGGUUUCUGAGGAAGAAAAUCUUUCUGCUUUUAGGAAUAAAAGAGUUCUGAAAUAAUUCAUUAAUAAGCACGACAUGUUUCAUUACAAAUAUGUAUCAAACACAUUAUUCUCAAUUAAGGUAUUAAUGAACUCGUAUUUCAAUGGAUGCUUGCCCGUGGCUUUGCGUCAUUCGGGGAGAGCGGACUGCUAAGAUUUUGUCAUUUGUUCUUCACUUUAACUCAUUUAGACCUGUUCGUCUCUACAAUGUGAAUUCCUUUAAAAUAAAAGGUUUUAGAUUCGAAAUUUUAAUAUAUUUUCAUCGAAAUACUAUUGAUUAUAAACGAUUAAAAUACAAUUGUCUCAAUUAACAGGUAAUUGAAUUCAAUUUACUAAAUAAAUAUUAGUCAUUAACUGAUUCGAAAUUGUAAAAUAUUU